GGAGAUUGAUGAUGACAUCCAAAUCAAACUGUGUGCAUCAGCCAUAAGAAAUUGACUUCAAACUGCAGCACUCAAACAUAUUGACUUUGAAUUUCUGAUGCAUUUUUUCGCAAUAUUAUUAUUUACUUGAUUUUAAUCAAAUCUGCAGGUGGUUUGAUUAUUUCAAUACAAACAGUACAAUUUCGACGAGCCAUUGAUAUUGAACCCAGUGUAGCACUUUAACCUUUUAGGAUUUUUGGCCUAUCGUCGUCGUUUUCUGUAAUAAAAAAGAAACUAUCACUAGAAGAAAGCAAUGAAUCGGAAUCAGAGUGUUCAGUUAGAUAACUCUGACAAAAACUUUAUACCGGGAUACGUGAUAGAAAACUACUGCGUUUGAUGAAAAUCACCAGCAGAGUAUUGUAAGUCUGUAUGAGUCAACAGAGUAAUGUUUAAGUAAUUCAUAUAAUACUUAAUUAGACCAUAUACAAGACAGUACAGCAUAGUAAGUACUAAGUACAAGUUGCUAGAACACUUCGCUGGAAAGAGUUAGAAUUGAUAUUUGUCAUUGUCACUAAACAUUAUGAAGGUUGGUAAUGUUUAAUUGUUUGUACAAUAGAUAAAUCGAGCUCAUGUUUAGUUCCGCUUGAAUAGAUGACAAGGAAUAUCGUACAACUAUACAAGUCAAUUUUUGGGCCGUAAUGUUUUUAGUUAAUAUUUCUCAAAAUAACAAUAUUUUCUUAGGAUUAGGCCACCGCCUCUUUGCUGAUUGCAAAAAAUACUUCUGCUUUAUCUUUAAAGCAGAAGUAUUACCAAUGUAAGAAGCUUAAAGCCGUACGCGGAAAGACUCUUCGCAGUGUAAACAUUGACAUAUAGCCAAUGUAAGAAGCUUAAUGAUAAAAUAUUCACUUUAAUCAACUUUACCACACAAAAUUUAAUUUUCCUUCACUCUCAGAAUGAGAGUGAGUCAAUCGACAGAAUGAAAUAAAAAAUUGUUAGCAAAACAAGCUGCAAUAUUUUUCCGACAAAGAGACGAACGCACAAAACGAUAUGCUUCAUCAUCUUUUGUAUUUCCGACUGUCCACGAAGAUAAUUAUCUCGUGUAUAGUGUAUGGUCUCAUAUGGAUACUUUUUCGAUAGCACAAUGUAAGCUGCGUACGCACAAAAACCUUCAGGCGGAAGUUGAUUUUUUACUUGGCCAUAUUAAUAUGUGCCAACUUUAAUAAUGGAUAUUAGAACUGUUUUUAUCAUUUUCCUGCUUGAAUAUUCGAAUUUUUUCAAAAUUCAUUAAAAUGAUAAAACUCGUUCUCGGAUAAGAAAAAUGCAUACAAUGUGUUAAUGCAGGUUUGGCAACGCACGGAUAUGUUGAAGCGAAUGUUGGGGCUGAUGCAAGAAGAAAUUGAACGAUCUCUAAAAUAUAAAUCGCAUAUAUAAAGUAAUCAAAACCUUGUGGACUAAAGGCAUAGAAGCUGUUCAAAAAAUGACGAUGAAAUGAAACAUAUUUUUCACAUUUUCCAUUUCAGCAGCUCACUUACAAUGAUAGAUUUGACAUUUUUCCUGUUAGUCAGUACUUCGUUAUCACAAGUUACAGCGAGUGUCGAUUCUAAAGUCUGUAACUUUGAACAUGGCCUGGGUACGAAUUUAUGUCCAUGGUACAAUGUUGUGGGAGUUGAUGAUUACAACUGGACUUUCCACAAUUCCCUAACGAAAGGAAAAUAUCUUUUUGCUGACUUAAGACAACGUCCAAAAGGCAAAGUUUGGUUGGUGGGAAAUUAUCGCAACGACUCUCUCGUGUGUUUUUCAUUUUCUUAUGAAAUGCAUCGCUGUUCUUAUGGGACAUUAAAUAUCUACCAAGAAUAUUUUCAUAAUGGAUAGAGUUCCUUACUGUGGUCAUUAAGUGGUGAUCAAGGAGCUAAGUGGAAAAAAGGCCAAGUCAAAGUUAAUUUUACCAUGGGUCUAUCUAAAUUAAUCGUUGAAGUUACCGUGCGUAGAUACCCAAGUUACUUUGUAGCUAUCGACAAUCUUGCUUUUGCUUCAGGAAGCUGCGACACAAUACCAAAGGUGGCCAUUCCUAACAAUGCUUUUGAUUGUUCCAUUGGUUCAUUCUUUUCGUUUGAAAGUAGGAAUUGUGAAAAAUGUCCCAUCUAUACAUAUCAACCAUAUCCAAAACAAACUCGUUGUCUUCCCUGUAAUGAUGAUAAAGGUACCAUCAAUGUUGGUGCAGUAAGUGAACAAGAAUGCAUAAAAGUCAAAAGAUGUGAUUUUCAAAAGGGACUAAGAACUACUGAAUGUCCAUGGCACAACGUAGAAGGUGACGAUGACUUUGACUGGAAACUUCGUACAUCAUACUCAUUAUUUUAUCACCCACCACGCUAUGAUGCUACAGGCUUCAGUAUUGGACGACAUCUUACUGCUGGCAUAACACGCCUUCCAACAGGCGAAAUUUGGUUGGUGGGAAACUAUCGAAACGACUCUCUCGUGUGUUUUUCAUUUUCGUAUUACAUUCAUUACUAUUAUAAUGGGACAUUAAAUAUCUACCAAGAAUUUUUUCAUAAUGGAUACAGUACCUUAAUGUGGUUAUUAAGUGGUAAUCAAGGAAUUAAGUGGAAAAAAGGCCAAGUCACAGUUAAUUUUACAAUGGGUCUAUCUAGGUUAAUCGUUAAAGCUGUCGUGCGUAGUAAAACAGCAAAAUUUGUAGCUCUCGACAAUCUCGCUUUUGCUCCAGGAAGCUGUGACACAAUACCAAAGAUGGCUAUUCCUAACAAUGCUUUUCGUAAGUAUUUGUUUUCUUGGAGUGUGAAGUGUUUUGAUUGGUUACUCUUGUUGUUUUUGUGUUCUUGGAAAUUUUCUAACUUUUCAUUUGGUUCAAAGUUAGCUUACCUAGUGAAGACAUUGCAUGCUGUUGAUUUUCUUUAUCUAUUUUAUAAAGCAGUAGUUUGAAAAUAUUUUCUUAUGAUUUUUUUAAUUAUUGAAUAUCAAGAAAUAUUUGUUUUGAUUGCAAAAGUAAGUUUGUGGUUCAAGGGCUUUGCAAGGAGUUCAAAGAGAAGCGCCAACCUUGAAACAGGCAGCAAAAUCAAUGCUUUCCUCCUGUGAAUAAAUCCAAUAAAAGCUUCACAUGAA